AUGGAUAAAUACAGUGAGGUACAGACCGCAGUGCGAGACUUGACAAGUAUGGUACAGACACCGCAGGAGACAGUGAGAAAUCACAGCAGCGGGUACACAACAGACACAAUUAUGUAUAAAAAGGAGUCGUUGGGCUUGCCAAAAGAACUUGAGGAAAUUGUGCAGGAUGGAGGAAGCAUAGGGCUGAUUGACGGUGUGUCGUCAGCGUGGGGCUCUGUGCGGGGGAAGCUUGUGAUAUGGAACUACAGCACGCAGAUGAUUAGCGAGAUAGAGAUGAAGUCGCAGGAGGUCCGGGCGAUCUUUGCAAUAAAAAGGGCAAAGGGUGUUUUCACCUCUAACGUGCAGUACUGCAUUCUUAUAUUCAGUGAGCAGAGCAUUAGCAUGAUGUGUCUGUGCAAGAACCCAGUUACCUACAUCAGCAUGGACAUAUCGGUGGACCUUCCUGUUGGAAUGACAUGCGUCUGCGAGAAUGACAAUGGAAGAAUUUUCAUGGGAGGAAAAGAUGGAAACAUAUAUGAGUUCAUCUACAACGAAAGAAGCUGGCUGAAGGGGUACACCGCAAAGAUUGUGUCCCACACCCAUGGGAUAAUGGCACACGUUCUGCCAUUUUUGUAUGCAAUGGGGCGCAGGGCAGCUAUACAGCAGAUUGUGCCCACGUAUAGAGGGCUGCUUGUGCUGUACAAAGACAACACGUUGGAGGCGUACACUCUGGAGAAGCAUCUGAAGAAGAUAAGAACCGCAGACCUUGCAGAGCUGAACACCACAGAUACAAUACAGCUCGUGCGGAUGGAUGACGCCAAGUGCCAGGCGUAUCUGAUUCUUCCAGAUGCAACCAGGCUCUUUUUAGACUGCAGUGGGUAUCUUCUGGGAAAGAGGCCCAUGACGCGGGCCCGGAUAAGAUCCCGUCUUGUUGCACCCAGCUCGAUUAAAAACGAAAGCUUCUACCAGAUAGGAAAAAGCCUUGUGAGCUUUGGAAAGAACAAUAGCGAAGUGUUUAUUACAGCAAUUACCAGAAACAAAACAGAUGUCUCCAGUCCGGAGAACUGCUGCACAAUUAUGGGCGGGGCUGAGUAUGCACACGCAGCUCUUUCGGGAGGCAGCCAGUGGAAGAACCUUGCAGAGUGCUGUAUUUCUGGAGAAGAGGUGGCUUUCCUUGCACACAAUCGGCUAGACAUAUACCAUAUUAUGAAUGGGGUGGAGCUAAUGGAGCGGGCAAGCACAAACCCAGAGGGCAUGUUUGCAUUUAUGCAGAGGAACGGGCCUGAGCUUUCAAUGCUGUCUGCGCUCUAUGCGGUUGCAGGAGGGGCAUCUUCUCCAGCAAUUGACAGCUUUUUUAAGAAGUCUGAGUCUCUCCAAAAGAAUGCAAUUGCUAUGUGCGCAGGAAUAAUUGUUUAUAAGGUGUGGAGCAUUGACAUAUACGCCAUGCUAAAGGAAGACAUGGGACUAGAGGCUGGUGAAUACAUUGAUGAAAUAGAAGCUGCUAUAUCGAAGGCAAGGCGGCUGAAAAACUUUAUUAUUCGAGAAUGUGUAAACAUCAAUAAUAUUCGCAUUGCAGAGGGCACUGUUGUGGACAUGCUGGACAAUAUAGAAGAGACGCUCCACUACAUCAGCAUACUUAUGGAGUCUGAUGCGCUGUACAUCUUUGACGAGGCAAAGAAAAAGAGCGGCGGGGCGCUUGAGUUUACAUACUCAAACUUCCUCAAGCCGGUCACAGACCUGAGAAAAGCAACUCUCAAUGCUCUUGUGGACCUCAACCUGAGCCAGAAGGCAACUGUGGACAGCAUCACCAUGGAGCUAAACGAGAAGUGCUCCACGCUGUUUGCACUGACUGACACACUGCUGCUGAAGGGAAAGGAGGCCAUAGAGAAGGCCUCGCGAGCAGCAACCAGCGAGGACAGGAAGUGGUAUCUUAUCAAAAGUAUGGAGUUCUUCACAAAAACAGCAGCAAAGAAGUAUCUUCCAGAGAUAGUGGAGAUGUACUCAAAUGUAAGGUUUUCAAAGGGUAUUCUUUAUGCAAUUCGCGCAGGCUUCAGCUCUAUUACAGAAGAAGAGGCCACUGCGUACUUCAAGAAGAUUGAGUGCACAGAGGAGAUUCUUCAGGAGGGACUUAAAGACGAAAGGCCUGCAAUGUGCAAUGCGCUGCUGAAUGCUGCAAUUGCAAAGAUUGUCGACAAGAGCCUUUCUGUGGAUGUGCUGCUGAAAAUAAAGUCUCCAUAUUUGGAGGACUAUCUUGACCGCCUGGAUAGAACAUCAGAAUCUCUUGAGCUGUGCGAUCUUAUCUGGAAGUACCACCUCAAGAACCAGAACUACUCAACGGCAGCCCGCUAUCUUCUGCGGUCAUCUGAACGGACAAAGCCAGCAAUUACCCUGGAAAAGCGAAUUGAGUACAUAUCCAUCGCAUGUACCAUGCAGUCUGCGUCAAAGGGAUGCGAUGACUCUGCGUUGGUAGGGCAUAUUAGAAAUUAUAUGCCGCGGCUUGGAAUCUGUGCAAAGGAAAGGCUGUGCAUGGUGCAGAGACAGGCCGAUGUGCUGUCCGCUCUCUCGUGUGCAUACAACAUAGGAGGUGCGGGAAUAGCUGCGCCACAGGCAAUUGUAGAGGAAACCUUUGUGCGGCUGGACACCGGGCUUCUGAGCUUUGAAGAGCUAUUUGAGAUAUGCGUGAUGUUCGGGUUUUCAGUGCUCGCUUUGAAGAUAUCCACAAAGGGAGAGAUUGAUGAUCCUGUACUGAUGAAGACACUGUGGGAAGAUGCGCUGUCAGGGCCAUACGGGCAGUGUGUAGAGGUUCUGAAGGAGAACCCAGACAUCAUGGCAGGCGCACCUCUCGACAUGGUCUUUGAUAUACUAGCUAGAAAAAAGGUGGAGGAGCCACAGAGCGAAGAAAACCUAGGAAGCGUACUGGUGUCUCUUGGGAGCUCUACUAUGAAGGCUGCCAGCAUGCUUGAGCAGAAGGGAAUGAGCUCAGAAUACGCAAGCCCGCGUAGCAAAAAGAUCAUCUUUAACGAAGCAAUAGCUUUCUGCGAGAUGCACAAUUUGACUGAGAUCCGACAUCGAAUCAGCUCAUUUAAGGCGUCUCUCGGAAUAUAG